AUGGCAUACAUUGGCGCUGGACUCGCCUUGUCCAUUGUGGCUUAUGAUUACCAGGAGAUUGGACCACUGGUGAUAGUGUUCUGCAUCUUCCAUGCAUGUGUGGGCUUUAUUUUGCCUUCACUAGCAAGAUUGAGAACAAUGUACCUACCAAAUGAGCUGCGUGGGGGCAUGAUGAGCUUUUCACUGUCGCUUGCAAAUGCGGUCAUCUUCAUUUUCUUGUUACAGGGAGCCCACCAUCGACGCGUCACAAAUUCAACCAUCCUGAGUCUUGCGUCCUAUGGUCUGUUAGGAGCUGGGGGUUGCAUUCAUAUAUUGAGGAGGUGGAGAAAGCACACUCCGGCAGAAUGCGCGUAG